CCACAGUUUGUAAACAGUAGAGAAUACAUGGAGCUGACGAAAAUAUCGCAUGGAAUUGUUAGCUAGAUAACUAAUUGUGUAAAGGACUAGUGCAGCUUAGGUAUUGUUAGUGCACUAAAGUGGGAAAACACUGCCCUGUUUUUAUUUUACUGUACAUUACAUUUAUUUAGUGAGGCUGCAAAAAAAAACACCCACCCUACUGCUUUUGAUUUUGGAGAUCUUAGCUAGCUUGCUUGCUAGCUGACUAGCUCUCUGGAGCUAGUUAGCUAGCUAGCUGGUGCUGUUGGUUCUGAUUUGCAACUUAAACACGGAACAAGUCCUCCGCUGAAUUUAAGUUUGGGACGGGGUGUCCUUCUCUGCUGACCCUGCUGUGGAACCAGUCAUCGUGUCACCGUGUCACUGGUCCGGUUCGAUGGGGAACUGUCUGUCCUCUCAAAACGCCGAUGACUUGUCGUUGCUAAAUGAAUCUGAAGGAGCCAGUCUACCGGGAGAGCCGCCACCGCCUUACCAGGAACAAGCCCAGGCGCCAGUGUACUACCCAACCCCUAGCCAGACUCGGUUGGCCUCACAGCUGACUGAGGAGGAGCAGGUUCGCAUUGCCCAGCGGAUAGGCCUCAUCCAGCACCUUCCUCAUGGCGUCUUUGACCCCGGCUCUGAUCCCUCUGACAAGAAAGUCAAGGAGUGUGUGAUCUGCAUGAUGGACUUUGAGUAUGGAGACCCCGUACGGUUCCUGCCCUGCCUGCACAUCUACCACAUGGACUGCAUCGAUGCCUGGCUUGUGCGCUCCCUCACCUGCCCCUCCUGCAUGGAGCCUGUUGACGCCGCCCUGCUGUCCUCCUAUGAGACCAACUGACACCACACGGGUAG